AUGGGUCUGCAAUGUGUGCGGUUCAAUCCGUGUAUGCAUGUGUUCUGCAAAGACUGCGUAUCGGGUUUCUUCGCAGAGCGGCUGAACAAUUUGGAAGUACGGGAACUGGGAUGCCCUGCUUCCGAUUGUAAAUCCACGGCGUCUGAGCAAACCAUACGCAGUAUUAUAGGCGAGGAGGCUUUUGAGCGGUAUGAUCGCAUUUUGCUUGAGCGAACGCUUGGUCAGAUGUCUGACGUAGUUACGUGCCCUCGUAAAACAUGUCAGAAACCCGUUCUUGUCAGUGAA